CGGCGUGGUGGACCACCGCGAUGCGGUCCUCGCGCACCAGGCCCACAAAGUCCGCAGCACCCCGCAGGCCAGGAGGAGGAAAUGGGAAAUGGCUCGCUUCGGAGACGAGAUGCCGGCCCGCUACGGGGGAGGCGGCGGGGGCCCGGGGGCCGCGGCCGGGGUGGUCGUGGGCGCUGCGGGCGGCCGCGGAGCCGCCGGGGGCAGCCGGCAGGGCGGCCAGCCCGGGGCGCAGAGGAUGUACAAGCAAUCCAUGGCGCAGAGGGCCCGGACCAUGGCCCUGUACAACCCCAUCCCCGUGCGCCAGAACUGCCUCACCGUCAACCGCUCCCUCUUCCUGUUCAGCGAGGACAAUGUGGUGAGGAAAUACGCGAAAAAGAUCACCGAAUGGCCUCCCUUUGAAUACAUGAUUUUAGCCACUAUCAUUGCAAACUGCAUCGUUCUUGCCCUGGAGCAGCACCUGCCGGAUGAUGACAAGACGCCCAUGUCAGAGAGAUUGGACGACACAGAACCCUAUUUCAUUGGAAUUUUUUGUUUCGAGGCUGGAAUUAAGAUCAUCGCCCUGGGGUUCGCCUUCCACAAAGGGUCGUAUCUGCGGAACGGCUGGAAUGUCAUGGACUUCGUCGUGGUGCUAACAGGUAUCUUGGCCACCGUUGGGACGGAGUUUGACCUUCGGACCUUGAGGGCAGUUCGGGUUCUGCGGCCGCUCAAGCUGGUGUCUGGAAUCCCAAGUUUACAAGUCGUCCUGAAGUCGAUCAUGAAGGCCAUGAUCCCCCUGCUGCAGAUCGGCCUCCUCCUGUUUUUUGCAAUUCUUAUUUUUGCAAUCAUAGGGUUAGAAUUUUAUAUGGGGAAAUUUCAUACCACCUGCUUUGAAGAGGGGACAGACGACAUUCAGGGCGAGUCUCCGGCCCCGUGCGGGAUCGAGGAGCCGGCCCGCACCUGCCCCAAUGGGACCAGCUGCAAGCCCUACUGGGAGGGCCCCAACAACGGGAUCACGCAGUUUGACAACAUCCUGUUCGCGGUGCUCACCGUGUUCCAGUGCAUCACCAUGGAAGGGUGGACAGACCUUCUCUACAACAGCAACGACGCCUCAGGGAACACUUGGAACUGGCUAUACUUCAUCCCCCUCAUCAUCAUCGGCUCCUUUUUUAUGCUAAACCUCGUGCUGGGCGUCCUGUCAGGAGAAUUUGCCAAAGAGCGGGAGCGGGUGGAGAACCGGCGGGCUUUCCUGAAGCUCCGGCGGCAGCAGCAGAUCGAGCGGGAGCUCAACGGCUACAUGGAGUGGAUCUCCAAGGCAGAAGAGGUCAUCCUCGCUGAGGACGAGACAGAUGUGGAGCAGAGGCACCCCUUCGAUGGUGCCCUGCGGAGAGCCACUAUCAAGAAGAGCAAGACAGACCUGCUGAACCCAGAGGAGGGAGAGGACCAGCUGGCCGACAUUGCCUCUGUUGGGUCUCCCUUCGCUCGGGCCAGCAUUAAGAGUGCCAAGGUGGAGAACUCUACCUUCUUCCACAAGAAGGAGAGGAGGAUGCGUUUCUACAUCCGCCGCAUGGUCAAAACUCAGGCCUUCUACUGGACUGUGCUCAGCCUCGUCGCCCUCAACACGCUGUGUGUCGCAAUUGUCCACUACAACCAGCCCGAGUGGCUCUCCGACUUCCUCUACUAUGCAGAAUUCAUUUUCUUAGGACUCUUUAUGUCCGAAAUGUUUAUAAAAAUGUACGGGCUUGGGACGCGGCCUUAUUUCCAUUCGUCCUUCAACUGCUUUGACUGUGGGGUCAUCAUCGGCAGCAUCUUCGAGGUUAUCUGGGCGGUCAUCAAGCCGGGGACGUCCUUCGGGAUCAGUGUGUUACGAGCUCUCAGGUUAUUGCGUAUUUUCAAAGUCACAAAGUACUGGGCGUCUCUCAGAAACCUCGUGGUCUCUCUUCUGAACUCCAUGAAAUCCAUCAUCAGUCUCUUGUUCCUCCUUUUCCUGUUCAUCGUCGUCUUCGCCCUUUUGGGAAUGCAACUCUUUGGUGGCCAAUUUAACUUUGAUGACGGGACGCCCCCCACCAACUUCGACACCUUCCCAGCAGCCAUCAUGACAGUGUUUCAGAUCCUGACCGGGGAAGACUGGAACGAGGUGAUGUACGAUGGCAUCAAGUCCCAGGGGGGUGUGCAAGGGGGCAUGGUCUUCUCCAUCUACUUCAUCGUGCUCACUCUCUUCGGGAACUACACCCUGCUCAAUGUCUUCUUGGCCAUCGCUGUGGACAAUCUGGCUAACGCACAGGAGCUCACCAAGGAUGAGCAAGAGGAGGAGGAAGCGGCCAACCAGAAGCUUGCCCUGCAGAAAGCCAAGGAGGUGGCGGAAGUGAGCCCGCUUUCUGCAGCCAACAUGUCCAUAGCUGUGAAGGAGCAGCAGCGGAACCAGAAGGCGGCCAAGUCGGUGUGGGAGCAGCGUACUAGCGAGAUGCGCAAGCACAACCUGCUGGCGAGCCGCGAGGCGCUCUACCCCGAGCUGGCGGCCGAUGAGCGCUGGAAGGCUACAUAUGCGCGCCACCUGCGGCCCGACGUGAAGACGCACCUGGACCGGCCGCUCGUGGUGGACCCGCAGGAGAACCGCAACAACAACACCAACAAGAGUCGCGCUGCCGAGCCCGUGGGCCCGCGUCCGGGCCAGCCGGGCCCGGAGGAGCUGCUGCGCAAACGCGCGCGGGACCCCGCCGCCCCCGCGGGGCUGGCGGGGCGCAGGCCUUGGCCGGGCGGCCCCGACACCGAGCCUAGCCGCGAGGGACCCUACGGCCGCGAGUCCGAGCCGCCAGACUUCUGGGAGGCGGAGGCCGAGCGGCCCCCGCCCGGGGAGCCGCCGCGCAGGGCGCCCGCGCACCGGCCCGGGGCACCCAGGGAAAGCCGCGGAGGGUCGCCGCGUGCCGGCGCCGGCGCCGGCGCCGACGGGGAGCCGCGCAGACAUCGCGUGCGCCGCAGGCCCGGGGAUGAGGCGGCCGAGGACAGGGCCGAGCGCCGGCUCCGGCACCGCGAGGGCAGCCGGCCGGCCCGCGGCGGGGAGGGCGACGGCGACGGCCUCGACGGCGGCGAUCGCCGGAGGCGACACCGGCAUGGCGCCCCGGCCAGCUACGACCAGGACGCGAGGCGGGAGGACAAGGAGCGCCGGCACCGCCGAAGGAAAGACAACCAGGGCUCUGGGGCUCCAGUCUCUGGCCCCAACCUAUCAACCACCCGGCCAAUCCAGCAGGACCUGGGCCGCCAAGACCCCCCACUGGCCGAAGACAUCGACAACAUAAAGAAUAACAAACUGGCCACUGGGGAAUCAGCCAGUCCUCAUGACAGCCUCGGCCACCCUGGCUGUGUGUCCCACAGCCCAGCCAAGAUGGGGAACAGCAUGGACCCUGGCCCUGUGCCCAUGCCGUCCACUACAGUCACCAACCCCCAGAACACCUCCAGCCGCCGGACCCCCAACAACCCGGGCAACCCCUCCAACCCUGGUCCCCCCAAGACCCCCGAGAACAGCCUUAUUGUCACCAACCCCAGCAGCAGCCAGAACAAUCCAGCCAAGACUGCCAGGAAGCCCGACCACACCACAGUGGACAUCCCACCUGCCUGCCCACCCACCCUCAACCACACAGUCAUCCAAGUGAACAAAAAUGCCAACCCAGACCCACCGUCCCAGAAGGAGGAGGAGAAGAAGGAGGAGGAAGAGGACUCUGGCGAAGAUGGCCCCAAGCCGAUGCCCCCGUACAGCUCCAUGUUCAUCCUGUCCACAACCAACCCCCUUCGCCGUCUGUGCCAUUACAUCUUGAACCUGCGCUACUUUGAGAUGUGCAUCCUGGUGGUCAUCGCCAUGAGCAGCAUUGCGCUGGCCGCCGAGGACCCGGUGCAGCCCAACGCCCCCCGAAACAACGUGCUGCGAUAUUUUGACUACGUCUUUACAGGCGUGUUUACCUUCGAGAUGGUCAUCAAGAUGAUCGACCUGGGGCUCGUCCUGCAUCAGGGCGCCUACUUCCGUGACCUGUGGAACAUCCUGGACUUCAUAGUGGUCAGUGGGGCCCUGGUGGCCUUUGCCUUCACAGGCAACAGCAAGGGAAAGGACAUUAACACCAUCAAGUCGCUCCGGGUGCUCCGGGUGCUCCGUCCUCUUAAAACCAUCAAGCGCUUGCCGAAGCUCAAGGCUGUGUUCGAUUGUGUGGUGAACUCACUGAAGAACGUCUUCAACAUCCUUAUAGUGUACAUGCUCUUCAUGUUCAUCUUCGCCGUCGUGGCCGUGCAGCUGUUUAAAGGGAAGUUCUUCCACUGCACUGAUGAAUCCAAGGAGUUUGAGAAGGACUGCCGGGGCAAGUACCUCCUGUACGAGAAGAACGAGGUGAAGGCCCGGGACCGGGAGUGGCGCAAGUACGAGUUCCACUACGACAACGUGCUGUGGGCGCUGCUCACCCUCUUCACCGUGUCCACCGGGGAAGGCUGGCCUCAGGUCCUCAAGCACUCGGUGGAUGCCACAUUUGAGAACCAGGGCCCCAGCCCCGGUUACCGCAUGGAAAUGUCCAUCUUCUACGUGGUCUAUUUCGUGGUAUUCCCCUUCUUCUUCGUCAACAUCUUUGUGGCCUUGAUUAUCAUCACUUUCCAGGAGCAGGGGGAUAAGAUGAUGGAGGAGUACAGCCUGGAGAAAAAUGAGAGAGCCUGCAUUGAUUUUGCCAUCAGUGCCAAACCACUCACCCGGCAUAUGCCACAGAACAAACAGAGUUUCCAGUACCGGAUGUGGCAGUUCGUGGUGUCCCCACCCUUCGAGUACACCGUGAUGGCCCUGAUUGCCCUCAACACCAUCGUUCUGAUGAUGAAGUUUGACGGAGCCUCCACGGCUUAUGAUAACGCUCUGAAGGUGUUCAACAUCGUCUUCACCUCCCUCUUCUCGCUUGAGUGCGUGCUGAAAGUCACAGCCUUUGGGAUUUUGAAUUAUUUCCGUGAUGCCUGGAACAUCUUCGACUUUGUGACUGUUCUGGGCAGCAUCACUGACAUCCUGGUCACCGAGUUUGGGAACAACUUCAUCAACCUGAGCUUCCUCCGCCUCUUCCGGGCCGCCCGGCUCAUCAAGCUCCUGCGGCAGGGCUACACCAUCCGCAUCCUCCUGUGGACCUUCGUGCAGUCCUUCAAGGCCCUGCCCUACGUCUGUCUGCUGAUCGCCAUGCUCUUCUUCAUCUACGCCAUCAUCGGGAUGCAGGUGUUUGGCAACAUCGGCAUCGACAUGGAGGACGAGGACAGUGAAGAGGAUGACUUCCAGAUCACCGAGCACAACAACUUCCGGACCUUCUUCCAGGCCCUCAUGCUUCUCUUCCGGAGCGCCACUGGGGAGGCCUGGCACAAUAUCAUGCUGUCCUGUCUCAGCGGGAAACCAUGCGACAGGAACUCUGGCAUCCUCACGGCUGACUGCGGCAAUGAAUUUGCUUAUUUUUAUUUUGUUUCCUUCAUCUUCCUCUGCUCCUUCCUGAUGCUGAAUCUCUUUGUCGCUGUCAUCAUGGACAACUUCGAGUACCUCACCCGUGACUCCUCCAUCCUGGGUCCACACCACCUGGACGAAUACGUGCGGGUGUGGGCCGAGUACGACCCUGCUGCUUGCGGGCGGAUUCAUUAUAAGGAUAUGUACAGUUUAUUACGAGUAAUAGCACCCCCUCUCGGCUUAGGCAAGAAAUGCCCUCAUAGAGUUGCUUGCAAGAGGCUCCUACGGAUGGAUCUGCCAGUGGCUGAUGACAACACAGUCCACUUUAACUCUACCCUCAUGGCCCUGAUCCGCACGGCCCUGGACAUAAAGAUCGCCAAGGGUGGAGCCGACAAGCAGCAGAUGGAUGCCGAGUUGCGGAAGGAAAUGAUGGCCAUUUGGCCCAACCUGUCACAGAAGACGCUGGACCUCCUAGUCACUCCACACAAGUCCACGGAUCUGACGGUGGGGAAAAUCUACGCUGCCAUGAUGAUCAUGGAAUACUACCGACAGAGCAAGGCCAAGCGGCUCCAGGCCAUGCGGGAGGAGCAGAACCGGACGCCGCUUAUGUUCCAGCGCAUGGAGCCCCCGUCACCGACGCAGGAGGGGGGACCCGGCCAGAACGCCCUCCCAUCCACGCAGCUGGACCCGGGAGGAAGCCUGAUGGCCCACGAAGGCGGCAUGAAGGAGAGCCCGUCGUGGGUGACGCAGCGGGCCCAGGAGAUGUUCCAGAAGACGGGCACGUGGAGCCCGGAGCGAGGACCCCCCGCCGACGUGCCCAGUACCCAGCCCAACUCCCAGUCCGUGGAGAUGCGUGAGAUGUGCACGGAAGGCUACUCGGACGGCGAGCACUACCUCCCUAUGGAGGGCCAGGCCCGCGCCGCCUCCAUGCCCCGCCUCCCCGCCGAGAACCAGAGGAGAAGGGGCCGGCCACGUGGGAAUAACCUCAGCACCAUUUCAGACACCAGCCCCAUGAAGCGCUCAGCCUCCGUGCUGGGCCCCAAGGCCCGGCGGCUGGACGACUACUCGCUGGAGCGGGUGCCGCCCGAGGACGCGCCGCGCUUCCACCAGCGGCGCCGCGAGCGGGGCCACCGCGCGUCCGAGCGCUCCCUGGGCCGCUACACCGACGUGGACACAGGCUUGGGAACGGACCUGAGCAUGACCACGCAGUCCGGGGACCUGCCUCCCAAGGAGCGGGACCAGGAGCGGGGCCGGCCCAAGGACCGCAAGCACCGGCAGCACCACCACCACCAUCACCACCACCACCCUCCGGCCCCCGACAAGGAGCGCUACGCCCCGGAGCGGCCGGAGCACCGGGCCCGGGCCCGCGACCAGCGCUGGUCCCGCUCGCCGAGCGAGGGCCGCGAGCACGUGACUCACCGGCAGGGCAGUAGUUCAGUCAGUGGAAGCCCCGCCCCCUCAACGUCCGGCACCAGCACGCCGCGGCGCGGCCGCCGCCAGCUCCCCCAGACCCCCUGCACCCCGCGGCCCCACGUGUCCUACUCCCCCGUGGUCCGUAAGGCGGGCGCCGCCCAGUUCGCCGAGCCUGGGGCGCCGCCGCCGCCGCCGCCGGGCGCGCGCGCCGACUCCCCGAGGGCCUGCCGUGUGCGCGCGCCCGCCUCGCACGCGCCUGACGCCCGGCACCGCGGCUACUACCGCGGCUCCGACUACGACGACGCCGAGGCGCCCGGCCCCGAGCCGCAGCCGCCCGCGCGCCACGCGCCGCCCGCGAGCCGCUCGCCCAGGACUCCCCGGGCCGCGGGCCCCGCCGGCCCCGCGCCCGCCCGGCACGGCCGGAGGCUCCCCAACGGCUACUACCCGGUACCCGGGCCGCCCCGGCCCCGCGGCCCCGGCGCUCGCCGCGGCCCGCAGGACCCCUACAGCGAGAGCGAGGACGACUGGUGCUAAGUCCCGGCGCGGGGCCGCGCCCCACGCACCCCGCACAACGCGGCCGCCCCGCGUGCGCCCGCGAGCCCCGACACGCAGGCGCCGGCCGAGGCCCCGCCCCCCGGGGGCGGGGUCACGGGCAGACCCGCCCCGCCGGCCCGGGAUUCGAACCUACUCAGCCCUCUCCGGAGAACUUCGGGGAAAAUGACACACACACACACACACACACACACACACACACACACACACACACAAUAACCUUUUUAAAAAGAAAAACGGGGGGAGAAGUAGCUUGUAUUGAUGAGUUUUAUCAUCUGCCUGACUGGAUCCUUCCUUUCCCGGAGACUGCGCGGGCUGGCGGGGAGGAGGCGGCCAGGGACGCACCCAGAGAGCUUGCGGGGUGACCCCACCGACCCCCACUACUGCCUGCACCCGCCGACCUAAGAAGAACAAUCAUCAUAACCAACGACUUCAAAAAGGACAAAAAAAAAUGAUUGAGGAAAAUGAAAAACAGCAUUUUUUUCUGACAUUUGGUCCUGCUUGAAAUAACAAAAGAAGAGGAAAAAAAGAAAAGGAAAAAAAAAAACACCACAUCACCAUCAACUAACUCCCUGGCGUCAUUUUUUCUUUUAACUUUUUGUUUUUCUUUUUUUUUCCUUUCCUUUUCUUUUCUUUUUUUCCUAUCUUGUUUGAAAACUGUGGGCUUGGGACUGUGAAUUAUUGCAUGAUAUUAAAAAAGAACAAAAAAAAUUUAAAAAAAAUGUUGA